AUGUCUCUAGAUCAUGAUAUUCCAGACUUGUCAGGUGAAUUAGAUAAUGAAGUAUGUUUUGAUAAUAAAGUUAAUGAAGAUAAUUUGGAUGUUAACUGUGACAAAGAAGAGGGGGAAAUGGGGUGUUUUUCUAGUGGGAAAAAUUAUAAUGAUCAAGGUGAAAGAGGUGUUGGGUUUUUGGAUAGGAAAAGAAGAUUCUUUAAUACUAGUGGUGUGAAGAAGAAGGGUUGUUUUUUCAUAAUGUCGUUGAUGUGUCUCCCCCGAAAGAACCUGACCCGAUCGUUAAACAUCAAAGGGAUGUUGAAGCGACUCUAG